GUUUGGCUGAGGGACGGGCCCGGCGAGGGAGCGGACGAGGGCUAUUGACGUGCUCGAGGUGCAUCUGCAGGCCUGCUGUAGAUAUUUGUGGUCCAAAUCUUGAGUGACUGACCCUUGCUGCUGACUGGCCACUUCUCCCUCAUGCCACUUGGACUAGGCCGUCGAAAGAAGGCCCCACCACUGGUGGAGAAUGAGGAAGCUGAGCCCAUUCGCAGUGGGCUGGGCGGGGCGGGGCUGGGCAGUACAGGGGGGGUAGCAGCGCUUCAGCCUGGUCUUCCACCACCACCAGCCAGUCUUCGCCCUCGGCUGGUGUUCCACACCCAGCUGGCCCAUGGAAGUCCCACUGGCCGGAUUGAGGGUUUUACCAAUGUCAAAGAACUGUACAACAAAAUUGCUGAGGCCUUUAAAAUCUCACCAGUUGAGGUUAUGUUCUGUACCUUAAAUACCCAUAAAGUGGACAUGGACAAGCUGUUGGGCGGUCAGAUUGGCCUUGAGGAUUUCAUCUUUGCACACACGAAGGGUCAGAGGAAGGAGAUCGAGGUGUUCAAGUCUGAGGAGGCUCUGGGCCUGACCAUCACAGACAAUGGUGCUGGCUAUGCGUUCAUUAAGAGAAUCAAGGAAGGGAGCAUUAUUGACCGGAUCAAAGUCAUCAACGUGGGAGACAUGAUCGAGUCCAUCAAUGGUCAGAGCCUUAUUGGCUGUCGACAUUAUGAGGUUGCCAAAAUGCUCAAGGAUCUGCCCAAAGGCCGCACUUUCACACUGAAGCUCACUGAGCCCCAGAAGGCUUUUGAUAUGAUCAGCCAGAGAUGUGCAGGAGGCAAACACAGUGGAAGCGCUCAGCUUGGCACAGGAAGGGGCACUCUGCGGCUUCGGGCCAACGGACCAGCCACCGUGGAGGAACAGCCAUCUGCAUUUGAGCAAAAGGCUAUUGAGAAGGUUGAUGAUCUUCUGGAGAGUUAUAUGGGUAUCCGUGACACAGAACUAGCUGCUAUCAUGGUGGAGCUGGACAAAGACAAGCGGAAUCCGGAUGAAUUUGCUGAGGCACUGGAUGAACAGCUGGGUGACUUCGCCUUCCCUGACGAGUUCAUCUUCGAUGUUUGGGGAGCCAUUGGUGAUGCCAAGGUUGGGCGCUACUAGGACUCUGUGUUCUGCCGGAGCCUGCGGGCAGGACCAUAGGGCAGCCCACUGGUGGGCAAGCCUGGCACACCCAGUGUUCUCCCCCUGAUGCUGGGCCACCCAUCUCUUCUCCGUGGGGCUGGAGAAGUCCUAGAGCAAUAAGUUCCCUUUGUCAGUGAUUGGCGCGUAAUGUGAAUGAGGGCCAGAAGCUCUACUGCUGCAGCUGCUUCCCACCUCUCUCAGCACAGGGACUCCCUCGGUCCUGAGUGCCGCCAGCCGGGGGUCCAGGCUUUCUAGGGGCCGGCACGUGGGUCACACGGCAGGCUCUUCCUGGGGAGGUGCAGAUGCUCCUUGCUGAUUUGAGAGUCUCCCCUUGCACGAAGGGGAGCAUAACUAGAUCCCCAAUUAAACUGGGGGGGGGGGGGGAUACAUGGCUCUUGGUUUCCCAGUGGCAGCAAUCCUGGGGAAUCGCACAGCACUGUGUAGGCGAUAGAUGGGGCGGGGUGGCCUUAGUGUAAUUUUGGAGGCCCUGCUAGAUCCCUGUGGCGGCUGGGGGAGGCGGAGGCAUAUGCAAAAGCGCAGCAGAAGCUCCUGCCUGAGGACGCUGCGCCCUAAGAACCUGAGCACCCCCUGCUGGUGCACCUCCAGUCUGGUUGGUACGAGAGAGAGAUGGGCAAGUUCCUCCCCUUGCAGUGGGCCUGGUUCUGUAGCAGAGCCACAGCCGUGUGUGUGUCUCUCCGCGUCCUGAAUGCACACACGCACACGUUCCUUUGGGUGUGUUUCACUUGCUUUGUGUCCCUUUGACCUUUGUAGCUUUCGGUAAGACUUGGCAGGUGCCCUGUAGACCCUUCUGGCCCUUGGCAACAUGCAAACCACAGUGUAAACAAGCUGGGGGGGGGGGUGUAAGCAACUCUCCCUCUUACCUAGAGAUGCCCCCCCUUCUUUGCACAGAUAGGCAGCAGCUCUGCCCCAGAGCGUCCAGCUAACUGGAGCCACCGGUCCCGUCCCGUAACUGCCAGUGCCUGUGAUUGCAAUUCCUUCUUCCCCAUGCUCUGUUGUCAGUCACUGGGGCAUGGAUCCAGCCUGAUCACAGCUCCCACUUGUCCUCUGGCUAGUAGCCCCCAUAAGCACAACUAGUAGCCGUCGAUGGCAACUUUGGCUGAAGACGGCACUCGGAACCUCGGCUGUGCUCCCCGCCCGUGAACGCGGGUGGCUUUGUCGCGCCCUCUUUAUGCUCUCGCACCCUGUUACUGCCCUGGAGCGAGGUGUGGUUUCUGCUCCCCUCCUUGCUGUCCCACAGCUCUGCAGCUGGGCUGCUCGCCCUUGGCGACUCCUGCGGUUUGAGUACUGCGAAGGCCGCCCCACCUGCGGGUCACACGGUGUGAGUGCUGAGCCCGCCAUGCCAGUGGUGCUUCCCCCACAGCUGCUGGAGAGAAGCUGCCCUUACUGGUGGGUUCUAGGGCGCUCCUCUGCUCAAAGCGCUUCUCGCGUGCAGUUGGAAGCCACCUCCAAGAGCGGCGGCAGCAGCAGGACUCCCUUGCCGUCUGGGAUUGGGCACCUCCUGGUCUGUCUCGACUAACCGCCCACUUUGUCAUACUGACCUACCUCCCAGGGUGGCCCAGGUAAUGUCUGUAUAGCUCCCUCUGUUAAAUUAUUUAUAGUCUCACUCUGUCUCUUUCUGGCACACACUCCCCCCUGCUGGGCCUCUGCCCUGCGCUGCAUCCCAGUACUGUAGUUUGGGCACAGUCCAGUUUCCCCAGGAGCCAAGAGGGUCUCCCUCAAGUACACCUCGAAGCCCCAGUUUUACCUACUGUACCCCUAAAACACUCAUCCCAGGUAGGAUGUGGGGCCUUGCUGCCCUUCGUGCCCCACACCUCAAGCUCAGGCGAGGCGAGGCUUCUACCAAGCCUCGCGGCUUUCCUGUGUCCUGCCACGGGAAGCCAUUUGAGUAGACCAGGCCCCCUAUCCUGCCUGGGCAUAUUUUUGUAUUCUACAUGUAAAGCAUCUUUAAGAUAAAAUAUAUUGACACUACUAAA